UGUUGGCAGAGCCAAAGAGACGCCAGUAGCCUUAGCUUAGGGACAUUGAAUGACUUUGUAGCCCUGUGCGGUAGGGUAAAGAAAGUUACCUAUUUGACAGGUUGACACUAGUAUCGGAGCUCAUGGAGGCCCUUAUACCUGUCAUAAACAAAUUGCAGGAUGCAUUUAACACGGUCGGCGCAGACAUAAUUCAGCUGCCGCAGAUAGUUGUUGUGGGAACUCAGAGCAGUGGGAAGAGUUCUGUUUUAGAGAGCCUGGUUGGCAAGGACAUCCUGCCACGUGGCACUGGCAUCGUCACACGCCGACCCCUUAUCCUACAGCUAGUGCACAUUGACACAGAGGACCGCAGGAAAACCAGUGAAGAGAAUGGCAUCGACGGGGAGGAAUGGGGCAAAUUCCUACACACCAAAAAUAAGAUCUACACAGACUUUGAGGAGAUCAGGCAAGAAAUUGAAGCAGAAACUGAAAGAAUUUCCGGCAUUAACAAGGGUAUUAGUGAUGAACCCAUUCACCUGAAAAUCUUCUCACCACAUGUUGUGAACCUCACAUUGGUGGACCUUCCCGGCAUUACCAAGGUACCAGUGGGAGAUCAGCCCAAAGACAUAGAGAUCCAGAUCAGAGAACUGAUCUUUAAGUACAUCUCCAACCCCAACUCCAUCAUCCUGGCUGUGACUGCUGCCAAUACAGACAUGGCAACCUCAGAGGCCCUUAAAGUGGCCCGUGAGGUUGACCCUGAUGGCAGGAGGACAUUAGCAGUGGUGACCAAGCUGGAUCUGAUGGAUGCUGGUACAGAUGCAAUGGAUGUGUUGAUGGGCAGGGUCAUUCCUGUCAAACUGGGCAUUAUUGGAGUAGUUAACAGGAGUCAGUUGGAUAUCAAUCAAAAGAAGUUAGUAGCAGAUGCCAUCCGUGAUGAAUACGCUUUCCUACAAAAGAAGUACCCGUCCCUUGCAAAUAGAAAUGGAACCAAAUAUCUGGCCAGAACAUUGAACAGGUUACUCAUGCACCACAUCAGAGACUGUCUUCCUGAGCUGAAGACUAGGAUCAACGUGCUGGCAUCGCAGUACCAGUCUUUACUCAACAGUUAUGGUGAACCUGUUGAAGACAAGAGCUCCACAUUACUGCAGCUCAUCACCAAGUUUGCUGCAGAGUAUUGCCACACCAUAGAGGGCACGGCCAAGUACAUUGAGACAGCUGAACUAUGUGGUGGAGCAAGAAUCUGUUAUAUAUUUCAUGAGACGUUUGGUCGCACAUUGGAGUCAGUUGAUCCUCUGGGAGGUCUAACAACCAUCGAUGUGCUCACAGCAAUCAGAAAUGCAACGGGCCCGAGGCCUGCAUUAUUUGUGCCUGAGAUUUCGUUUGAGUUGCUGGUGAAGCGGCAGGUCAAGCGCCUGGAGGAGCCCAGUCUGCGCUGCGUGGAGCUGGUUCAUGAGGAGAUGCAGAGGAUUAUCCAGCACUGCAGCAACUACAGCACACAGGAGUUGCUUAGGUUUCCAAAGCUUCAUGAUGCCAUAGUAGAAGUGGUCACCUCAUUACUCCGAAAAAGACUCCCUGUCACAAAUGAAAUGGUCCACAACCUGGUUGCCAUUGAGCUGGCAUAUAUCAACACCAAACACCCUGACUUUGCUGAUGCCUGCGGGCUCAUGAACAAUAACAUAGAGGAGCAGAGACGCAACAGAAUGAGAGACCUCCCCUCUGCUGUCCCCAGAGACAAGUCCCUUAAAGGCCCAGGUGGGCAGUCUCUCUCCCCCACUGAGCCUCCUGCCCCCGAGGGCGAGGUCACCAAGGCAGCAGCUGGCGUUGCUCAGAGCGGCUCUGUCAGCGACCAGACAGACAGCGGGACAGGGAACUGGAGGGGCAUGUUGAAGAGGGGAGAGGACAGUACAGUUGGAGACAGGGCCGUGCCCCAACCCCAACACUAUUCAAGCCCACACAAGGGCCACGCUGUCAACCUACUCGAUGUGCCUGUUCCAGUAUCCAGGAAGUUGUCUGCUCGGGAGCAGAGGGACUGUGAGGUCAUCGAGAGACUCAUCAAGUCAUACUUUCUUAUCGUUCGGAAAAACAUCCAGGACAGUGUACCGAAGGCAGUUAUGCACUUCCUGGUGAACCAUGUGAAGGACUGUCUGCAGAGUGAGCUAGUGGGUCAGUUAUACAAGACGGCCCUGCUGAAUGACCUGCUGACAGAGUCCGAGGACAUGGCUCAGAGACGCAACGAGGCUGCUGACAUGCUCACGGCUUUGCAGAAGGCCAGCCAGGUGAUUGCAGAGAUCAGGGAAACCCACCUGUGGUGAGGCGCCCUCUCUUCAGCGGGCUCUCGUCAUCCCAUGAGUCCUCAUUCAUCAUAGACCAUCAAACCACUGCUGAGUCUCCCAGCACCCAGCACCUAAGACUGCAGAAACAAACAACUUGCACUGGUGUGGAUAUGUGUAUAUCGAAACAUAGUAUUAAUGUACAGUACAGACUUUGAUUUAAGAGCAGCACACAUUCUCCUGUACCUAGAUUAUAUUGUUCUUAUGUAAUUAAAACAAUAUAUAGAUAAUGUUAUACACCACCACUAUGUGGAGCCUUGCUGAGGAAUGUCUGCUCUUAAUGUAGAUUUGAAUUAAAGCUAGAAACAACAAACCCAUGCUACGACAUGUAGAUGCUCUCUUUAUCAUGUCAAUUAUUUUAUUAGAUGCUGACAAUAUAACGUGUCUACUGCUAUUUGUUCCAAAGAAAUGCACUUAAUUUAGAUAUUUUUAAUAAGAAAAUAUCCACCAUUUGUUCACUCUAUACAUAUUUUUACAUAGAUAUGGAACAUCAGACCCGUAUUUGUCUUUGUUGUUUACAUGUUGUUAUUCAAAAGAUCCGUUACAGAUUCUACUGACUGAUUCCUCCUACUUGAGGUUUUGUAUAAAUGUUGGACUUAAUUACACAGAAACAGAGACAAUCUGCAUGGUUUGCAGAGAGGCAGCAGGGUGGAUGUAAUGAGUUAUUUAUUGAUUUGACAUCAUGAUAAUUGACACUACCAACACAACAGAACAAUGAAUACACACAUAAAAGACACGUGGGCCAAUCACUGGUGUCACGGUCUGACUCUUCCCUGUCUGGCUGCUCCUUUACCUCAGCCGGCCACCCAUCUUGCCCUUGCCGCGCCCCUUGGCACUGAAUGGGUGUAGGAGAAGAACAGCAGACAGUGAGUUCAGCACAAGUGGAGGUUAUUCGAUUGCAGCACUCAGCAAAUCAGUCAACAAUUUGAGUUUGCGCAGAAUUGAUGGUGAGAACAGAAACCACAUCCCAAAUCACAGGACAGGUUUCAAACUCUCAAGACAAUAUCACACUGCUAAAUAAUAAAAUCUGGAAUGUUCCCACAUGUGAAGAUCUUUACUGCAAACAUGGGAAUCUUCUUUUGGCAUUACGAUGGUACAAAACAUAAUGUUCUUGAGAAUCCAGUAUUCUCUCUCUCAGAUUUGCAGCCACUUGUCUGACCUAAAAUAGGUUUUUCUUUCAACAAAAUUGUAAGAAUACAGUACAGGUGUUUGUGUCCCUAAUGGCAUUGCAAAUAAAAGGACAGUUUAUUUCCUUUAAA